AUGCCAAGCAAGCUAAGGAAGGCCAUUGGAGCAGUGAAAGACCAAACUAGCAUUAGCCUAGCAAAGGUAACCAAUGCAGCGAAUCUAGAAGUGAUGAUUCUUAAGGCCACAACCCAUGAUAAAAAUCAAAUAGAAGAGCGUUACAUCAAUGAAAUUGUGCAAAUAGUCUCAUCCAACAAACUCUAUGCAGCCGCAUGCGCCCAAGCAAUAUCCAAACGAAUUGGGAAGACACGCAAUUGGGUUGUUGCCCUCAAAUCUCUUAUGAUUGUGCUUAGAAUCUUCCAAGAUGGUGAUGUCUAUUUUCCAAAGGAAAUAUUCCAUGCAAUGAAACAAGGUGCAAGGAUUCUCAACCUUUCUAAUUUUAGGGAUGACUCCGGUUCUAGUCCUUGGGAUUACACUGCAUUUGUAAGAACAUUUGCUCUCUACCUCGACGAGCGCUUGUAUUGCUUCCUAACCGGAAAGCUUCAGAGGAGAUUCGCGUAUCAUCAUGAUAAGAACCACAUAAAGAAUGAUAAUAUGAAAGAUAUGAAACCCAGCAUUGUUUUGGAUAGAGUUGUAAACUGGCAAAAGUUGUUGGACAGAGCCAUUGGUACUAGGCCUACCGGUUCGGCUAGGGGAAACCGUGUGGUUCAAGUUUCGCUUUACGCCGUCAUGCAGGAAAGUUUUGAUCUUUAUAGAGAUAUAAGUGAUGGGAUUGGUGUAGUUUUGGAUAGCUUUUUCCAUUUGCCAUAUGCAAAUGCAGCAUGUGUGGCUGCUUACAAGGCUUGUGACAAAUCAUGCAAGCAAUUUGAAGAGUUAUCUGCUUUUUAUAGUUUCUGUAAGGGCAUUGGGAUUGGGAGAUCCUAUGAGUACCCAACUGUGCAGAAAGUUUCUAGAGUGCUUAUGGAGACAUUGCAGGAGUUCCUUAAAGACCAAGCUUCGUUUUCGACGAAUGAUGGAUCCAAACACAAUAGGAAUCUUCUUCAUGCAGGGUCAAGUUCAUCACAGGAUGAGAAAGACACUUGCUCUAAUAAUGAUGGGUCAGAGGAUGAGAAACAAUCACAAGAAGUUGUUGUUGAUGAUGAAUCCAAGGAGGGUUGGGAGUUGGUAUUGGCAGAGUCAACAAUUGCACCUGAAAAAGCAUCACCUAAAUUGGCAAAUGAUUUUAACUCAUUUGUCAAUUUUUUGGACCAACCUUUGGUACCUCCAAUCCAAUAUAAUCCAUUUCUUGAUCCUCCUAUCCAACAAAGUCAUGAUGAUUUUCAAGGUUCUAAUUCCAUGACAAAUUUGGAUGUACUUUUUGGUGUGAUAAAUACAAAUGAGAAAUCAGAGGCAACCUUUGAUGCUCAACAUCAAGAUUUUCAAAAUAGAAAUUCCAGUGAAACAAUUAUUGCACCAACAUUCAAUGUAUUAAGUUUUCAAUCUACUCUGAAUAUGGUUCCUGUGGAAUUUGAAGCACAGAGUAUUCAUAAUUCAGUUGUGGCACCAACUUUUAGAGCAACAAAUAGUAAUGAGGAAACAUCGGUAACACCAAAUGAAGAUGAUCCUUUUGAGACAUGGUCCACCACAAACAAUUUGGUAAAAACAUCUGAAUUGUCAAAUCAAGAGCAAACUUUGUUUCAACAGCAACAACUAUGGUUGGAGCAUCAAAGCAGAAUUAUGGCAAAGUAUAUGACAUAG